UCUUGUCCCGGGGGCAGAACUGAGCGAGAUAUGCCCUCUGCAAUGUCAAAAUGGUGUAGUUUCUAAAGAUUCAUGAAAACAUGAGUUUUUCCCCCCUUAUUUUAAGGUUAGGAUUAGGCAUUAGGUUUAGCAGUAUGGUUGACGUUAGGGUUAAGGUUUUUAUGACUUCGUGGCUUUGACAGCUAAUGACCACUCUGCAGAGCAGCUUCCAGAACAAGAUUCAUGACGAAAAACGCUAACCUGCGUUGAAAGAUAGAAAAGGAUUUGCACAUUGACAGGAGUGGAUGGAAUAGAUCGACAGGGUGGAGUCCGCAUUGUACCCAUGCCUAAGGAGGUAGAAGAGCACAUGAGGAUGACCUGCUACAUUUGUUCGUUCUUCAGCAGUUACAGCUUGAUUAUACCAAAAAUGGCUAAAGUGACGCCUACCCCGGCAAAACCCAGAAGACACUGGGCCAAUUGUACACCGCCCUAUGGAACUCCCAAUCAUGGCUGAAUGUGAUGCAGCCUGGAUUUGAACCAGGGACUGCAGUAACGACCUCUUGCAUUGAGAUGCAGUGCCUUAGACCAGCGGUCCCCAACCACUGGGCCGCAGCACAUUCUCUUCCGGGCCGCACAGAAAGGAUUUUACAAUUUUUUUUACAGUUUUUUAUUGGUAAAAUAAAAUAAUAAUUACAUACAAUUAUAGGCUAUUUGUGCAGUAAUUACAUUGAACUUGGUGCAGUCUGUUGGUCCUUUUCUCACCACUCUAACAUCUCUGUCACACCCAUAACAGUUUACAGAUUUUGAACUUGAGUACUGCGAGUUCAUCACGGUCUGCCUGAGUUGUGUUGCCCGCCAACUUUGUACUAGCUAGCUAUGUUAGCUGACAUGAAUAAAAACAAACAAACGUCCCUGGAGAGCUUCUUCAGAAGGAGUAAGGGAGAUAAAAGGCCCAACGACGAUGUCGAUAAUGCAGAGACAGCAGAGCCCGAGACUACAAAAAAAAAGAAAGCCUCAUUCAAUAGAAAAUAUGAUGAGUCCUACCUAAAAUAUGGCUUUAUUGCGGCAGGUGACUCGCAUGCUCCAAGCCCCCUGUGCGUAGUAUGUGGAGAUAGGCUAUGUAACGAGACAAUGAAUCCCUCAAAACUGCUUCGGCACUUCGAAUCCAAGCACUCUGCACUUAAAGACAAACCUGUUGAAUUCUUUGAGCGAAGAAAACGUGAAGCAGAAGGACAGAAACAAGUCUUGAAAGCCAACGCAUCAACAAACGUGGCUGCACUGAGAGCGUCAUACUUAGUGGCUAGCCGCAUUGCUAAGGCCAAGAAGCCUUUCACUAUUGGCAAGGAGUUGAUUCUACCUGCUGCUAAGGACAUUUGCUGUAAACUCUUAGGAGAGGCUGCAGCUAAAAAGAUAGCACAGGUUCCUCUUUCGGCUACCACCGUCACUAGGCGAAUUGAUGAAAGAGCGGAGGACGUUGAGGCACAAUUGUUAGAGAGGCUUAAUGAAUCAUGGUGGUAUGCAAUCCAGGUUGACGAACCUACCGAUGUCGACAACAAGGCAAUACUGCUUGUUUAUGUGCAAUAUAUAUUUCAGGAUGAUAUGCAUGAGGAUAUGUUGUGUGUGCUGUCCCUGCCGACUAACACAACAGCCUCAGAACUAUUCAAGUCUUUGGAUGAUUACACGUCAGGAAAUUUGGAUUGGUCAUUCUGUGUUGGCGUAUGCACAGAUGGGGUUGCUGCCAUGACUGGACGGCUGGCUGGUUUCACUACCCGGUUAAAGAGGUUGCGCCUGAAUGUGAGUCUAUGCACUGCGUCAUUCACAGAGAAAUGCUGGCUAGCCGAAAAAUGUCGCCUGAAUUGAACCUUGUAUUGAAUUAUAUUAAAGUUAUCAAUCACAUCAAAGCACACGCCCUUAACUCGCGUCUGUUUGGGAAGCUUUGUGAGGAAAUGGACGCAGAGCACAAACGCCUUCUCUUAUACACAGAAGUCAGAUGGCUAUCCAGGGGGAGAUCGCUUGCCAGAGUGUUUGAGUUACGAGAGCCGCUGCAGAGAUUUCUUUAAAAAGAAAAAGUCACCACUGGCAGCACAUUUAAAUGACGAGGAAUGGCUCGCAAAACUCGCUUACCUGUGCGACAUAUUCAACCUGCUCAACGAACUCAAUCUGUCACUUCAGGGCAGAAGGACAACUAUCUUUAAGUUGGCAGAUAAAGUUGGCUUUAAGUUGGCUGCAGUCAAAGCUAAACUGGAACUGUGGGGACGGCGAGUGGACAGGAGCAUAUUUGACAUGUUCCUAACAUUAGCAUGGAUUUUGGGAGAGACUGAGACUGGGCCAUCUUUCUCCCAGCUGGUGCGCGAUCCCCUAGCUUCGCUGUCAACGGAGUUUGAGCAUUACUUCCCAACCGCCAAAAACCCACGAAGUGCAAAGGAAUGGAUCCGCGACCCAUUUGUGAAUGUCCCAGGUGAAUCGUCCAUGUCCAUGCAGGAAGAAGAUCAAUCCUUGAGGUUCCAAAUGACGGUGGCCUUAAAAGUAUGUUUGAGAGAACUUCAUCUCUGCCGACCUUCUGGAUUAAAAUCAAGACUGAACAUCCUGAGAGAGCCACAAAAGCACUGAAAACUUUGCUUCCACUUCUAUCUCUGCGAAGCGGGAUUUUACACAAUGACGGCAACAAAAACGAAAUUACGGAGUAGACUGGACCUAAGGAACACGCUUCGGGUGUCACUAUCUCCCAUCACCCCUAGAUGGGACCAUCUUGUUGCCGGGAAACAAGCUCAGGCCUCCCACUGAUUCAGCGACAUGGUGAGUUGUCAUGUUUUUAUUAUA